UACCUGGUUGGACUUGCAUGCAGGGGGUGUGCUUCUGGGUUUUGGUUUUCCUUUCCACCCCAGCCUCUCCUGGAAAGAUCCGACCCGUUCUCCCACUUGAAGCCUGAAGAUCGGACCACACAAAAGCUGAAGAAUUUUAGGCACGAAGGAACCUUGAAGAUGUCCAGCAAAACCACCAGCACCAACAACAUAGCCCAGGCCCGGAGGACCGUGCAGCAGCUGCGGCUGGAGGCCUCCAUCGAGAGAAUAAAGGUGUCCAAGGCGUCCGCGGACCUCAUGUCCUACUGUGAGGAGCACGCGAGGAGCGACCCCCUGCUCGUCGGCAUCCCGACCUCGGAAAACCCUUUCAAGGAUAAAAAGACCUGCACCCUGCUAUAGUGGGGGCGAGACCGUCCCUCCCCUCCCCUCCCCCUCCGCCGCCGAGCGGGGUCGGAGCGGCGCCCACCGAGAUCUGCCUUCAGCUUCUGGUACCACUGCUUGUAGCUCCGACGCUGUCCGCUGGGGAGGACGGACUCUGAAGUCUCGAAGCUCCAAGCUGCCCUUUCUUUGCAAUGCCCCUCACUGAUUUCCGACAGAAUGUGACCCCGUUGUCUACCUGGGAGCCGUGGGACUGGGUCGGGAGGCCGGGUGAGGAAGGUCGGUCUGCGCCUCUCACUCACAUCCUAGCCUUCGGCACGCAGCUGCCGCAGGGAAGCGGAGACCCAGGCUGGCUGAGCACCUGUGCGGUUAAAAUGCCAAGAGUGACUUCAGUCCUGAAGCCUGUGUAGCACAUGGUGCUCUUAGGACUGUGCUAACCUGGUCAGCACCCGACGGGAGAACUAUAGGAUAUAUAUGUAUGUCUCUGUGUGUGCACCUAUCAAAGUUGAUUUCUUCAUUAAAACUCUCCUGUCUAUAACAUCAGUUCCCCAAUACCAGAAGUUAUACCUUUAUCUUGAGUUAUAUAUAGGAAGAAUAAAAAAUUAUUUUCAAGCCA